AUGCGGAUGCAGGGCUGGCGACCGGCGCGAAGUGGGAAGAAUCAAUUCCCGCCGCCGAGAGCAGUGCCGGAUUACACGAGUAGGGAUUUGCCUCCGCUGCCGCCCAACUCGAGCUCCUCCUCCAUCUACGAUUCAGACGAUGGGGCGCUGUCGCGCCGGCCAACGCCAAGCCGUUUUCUCCGCCAUGACUCGCCGCCAGCGCUGCACGACUACGGUCCCCACGAUGGCCGAGUCAGCGGCGGCAGCGGCAGGAGCAGCCGCGGGCUGGUCUUUUCUGGCGGCGUGAUCGACGAGAAAGCCCUAGCCAUGGUCCGCCCGCCGUUGGGGAUGACUAUAGUGACAGACAUCCCCCGUUCGCGCAGCGAGCAAGAGAUUCACUCUCCCCGCCCCAAAUACCCCGACCACAAAGUGUUGCAAUUCAGCGACGACUUGGAAGUCAGUCCCAUCAUGACGCCGCCAUCAGGAAGAUUCUCGCAUCAGAGCUAUAUGGUGUCGCCACUGACGCCAGACGAUGGUUCAAUCCGGAACUUUGUGGCCAACACAGUUUCACAGCUGGAGUUCGACACCGGCACCAACUUCAACGACCCAUGGCCUAGACUUUCGCCGAGCCCGGCACCUGUCUCACGGCGCCGUUCGUCUCACUGGGAAGACGUGCCCCCCGUCGCAUCCCAGUUGUCGCUGGGCUUCUACCCGUUGCCCAGCAAGCCGGAAUCAUCCAGCCGGCGAGGAUCGGAGCGACGAUCGCAGUUCCGCUACAGCGACCCGGGCAGCCCGGUAGAUGCCACAUCAGCUGAUAAGCGCACGUUCAGCUUGGAGCCGAAGUCCUUCUUGCAGGCUCCCAGGGCCAGCUCAAAGCACAGCUCGAAGCACAGCUCGAAGCACAGCUCCAGGCGGCAGAGCGCAGACUUCCUGGCUUCGCCGAGGAAACCGCCGACCCCCAGUCAUAAGACUAACGACAGCGUCGACGGCCAGUACGGCCACUGGACCAAGGGAUACGGCGCAAACAGGCCGGGGACCUCUCCGGCGCCCAGCAUAGUGUCCAAGGUCUCGUUCGCGCUCAAGAAGACGCCCAGCUUCUCGACACGGAAGAGAGCCGACAGCAAGCCCAAGCCGAACCCGUUGAAGCUCAGCCCGCAGAGCUCGGCCAACGACCACGUCAAGACGCCGUACCCAUUGCCGCCGCCCGUGAGCGCGUGGGACUACGACGAGGACGACGGGGCGUCGGCGGGGGCGGGAGCGGGGGCGGCGACCCCAGGCGAGGGAAAGGAGAAGGAGCGGUCCAUGAGGUCGAGCUGGGGCAAGAGCUCGUCGUCGGCGAAGAGCAGCCCCAAGUCUCAGCAGGGGUCCUUCCUAUCGACCAACAGCAAGGCCCGGGGGGUGGGCAAGCUGGUGUCUCGGGUCAAGCACGCGGGCGGCGACGUCAUGUCCCGGCUGUCGUUCAACACGGACGAGAACAAGAGGGAGAAGAGAGCCGAGUCGCUCCGGGGGAAAAUCCACCACCAGGUCCACGAGAGUGCGCAGCAGAACAGGGUGUAA